AUGCGGGUCGAUGUAGAAGCCGUCUUUGAAAAAAUACGCCCCGCGCUGGAGGUUGCAGAGGUAGGCGCGUGGAGUAAGACCGAUAUCACGACGUUCAUGUCACUGGUAAGCGGGUUCUGUGACAUUCAACGCCAGCAACUGCGCGCUCGUCGUGGCAAGCGGCGCGAUGGACAUGACUGUGAACAAAAUGUCGAUAAAGAAGGCGGUUGCGAAGAUGGCUGUGGCGUUAGGGGAGAGGAUGGAGACAAGGAGGAUGAAGCCUCCCUUGAGGCUGACAGUGUUGUGGUGUUGGAGAUUCGCCGCUCCCUCACCAAAUUGCGUCACUACCUUCAGAAGCGGAUUCCGUACGGCAGCAUUUCCGAACCGGUUGUACCCCCGGCGCCGACGUCUCCUCAGGAGGGGGAAAACAGCUGUGGAGGUAGAGGGGCUUAUAAAGCGCUGCAAAGUAGCAAACCCGUGGAGCCGCCCGUUUGCGCAGUAGACGCUUUUCUGUAUCUCGAGGAGGACAUUGAUGCACUUGCAGAUCAGGGCCAUAUAUCACGGGAAUAUUGUCGCUCAUGUGGGUCGGUGGACAUCGGCCUCUGCCAAUUUAUUACCCACUCUUUCUCGCUUGAGCAGCUGAUAUUUCUUUCCUGUUUUCUACUACCUUCCUUUGGUGAUACCUCCUAUUGCCUAACAUCCGACAACGUCUGGCGACCUCGCCACAAAAACUGUCACACUGUGGCUGCCGCCUUUUCCUGUGAGCACGUUGUUGAAGUGGGUUCACGACUGGGGAUCGUACCUAUGUCUUGUUACUUUGCCUCAGAGCAGCAACGCUUGCUCAACACCCGAAGGGUGACGGCGAUUGAACUUGAUAAAGAGUUGGUAGCGCUUCAGCAAGAGGUUUUCCAGAAAUUCGCCAGGGGGCCCACUGCGGCUCACCUCAACCUUGUUCACAGUGAUUGUUUUGAGGGUGAAGGAUUGGAGGCCCUCCGAUCCGCAGAUAUUAUUAUUUUGCAUAAUAUAUUUGAGUAUUUUACGGCGAGCGCAGAGGAACAUCUUCGUUCGUGGAAGCGCCUUCGCGCUGCUGUGGUCCGUAGUGGUCAGUUGCUGGUGUGUUGCCCACCUUUACAAGAAACUUUAGCUGCCUUCUCCGAGGACUGUGUGCGAAAAGUCUUCAUAAAUGAACAAGAUAAAGUUGAUUUCGUCCAUGUCCAUCAAAGUAACUCAAAUGCGGGUAGGAUUUCUCGCAAGCGAUGUCGACAGCCGCCGCAGGAGCAUUCGUUCACGUUGGAUCAGUGGUGGCGCUCGUGGGUCAAAGAAAUUGAUGUGGAACACAUUCGUCGGUCGUUCCUCACCGCACAGAGGUUUUGUGAGGAAGACCACCCAUGUGAUUCUUCCUAUGGAGACGCUGAUGACGAGCUGGUGAAGGAACUGAAGGAUAUGAGAGUAUACAUGGUCCAAUGA